AUGGAGGACAUCCGAGUGACGGAGAAGUUUCUCCGAUCCCUUACAUCAAAAUUCGAGCACGUGGUGGCGGCAAUUGAGGAGUCAAAGAAUUUGGAGGAGAUAUCAAUAGAGGAGCUCUUGGGAUCUCUCCAAGUUCAAGAACAACGAAUGCAAAAGAAGGCUAGUUCCAUAGUUUUGGAGCAAGUACUAGAGUCAACAUUGACUCUAAGUAAUCAAGGCUCACAAGGUAGAGGUCGUUGUCGUGGUCGUGGUAGAGGCAGGGGACGUGGUCCCCAACAGCAAACCACUCAAAAUCAAGUGGAGACCCAAAGCUUUAGAGGACGAGGACGAAGCAAUCGUGGAAGAUCCACACCUGGGCGUGGAAGCAACAAGAAUGUUCAGUGUUAUAACUGUCACAAGUUUGGGCACUAUGCUUCAAAUUGUUGGCACAAAACUGAAGACAAAACCAAUCUUGUCGAAGCAACAAAUGAUGUGGGUAACAACUCUACGCUUUUUCUUGCUAAUGAUGAUUCAAGUGUUGAGAAUGAUGCUUGGUACCUUGACUCGGGUGCUAGAAACCACAUGUGCGGGAAGAAAGAACUUUUCAUGGAAUUCACAGAAGGAGUUUAUGGAAGUGUGAGCCUCAGAGAUUCUUCAAAACUCCCGGUUGAAGGCAAAGGGAAGAUUAAAAUCUACCAAAAGGAUGGUAAGGCCGAGUAUAUUUCCGAUGUUUACUAUAUUCCUAACAUGAAAAGUAAUAUUCUUAGCAUCGGUCAAUUACUCGGAAAGGGAAAGUAUAUAUGGAGAACAACCACCUUUGGUUGA